AUGGAUUUCACCCCAAUGGAUUAUACUAUAUCCACCCUACCCCGGGAAAUAUUCUGGAUGCUCCUGGAUUACUUAGAGCCCCGAGAUGUCAUCCGCUGUCGCAGUGUAUCUCGCUUCUGGAACAAAGCCUUCAGAGACCCUGCUAAUCUGGUUCCGUUAAUGCGGAAAUGGUUCCCGUUGGCGAAGGAAGUUCGGGAGCUAGUACAUAACCAAACUCUGGAUACUGAGUGUACGGACGUCGAUGAUGAUGGUGAUUACUGGCGCCCGACAUUCGACCGCAUAGCCUGCAGAUACGACCAUCUCGCUCGGGGCAAUCCCAGAUCGACCCAGAAGUUCAAACUGAGCGAUCACUUCGGCGCCUCUGGCGAGAGAAAAUGGUUCCCGGUGCAGCCGUGGGAAAACCAUGCUAGUCACUUGAUGCAGCGAGUUGACGAUUUAUUUUACGAGUCUUCAUGGACAUAUGAGGAUGGUCUGCUGGUGCUUCUAAGCGCUGAUGAUCGUUGUCUGGUGCUCGUGGACUUGGAGACGGAUAGGAGGUUCAUGGUCCCGCUUAUCAUCAGGGGGAAGGUGAUACGAAGAGUGCGUCUACAGAAACGGGUCCUUGUGGUUGAAUGGGCAGAGCCGAAAGCCUUCCACUGGCUGAAUGACUCGGACGGUGUACAUCGCCAUUUUGCUUCCUCGUUUGACGUAGAGGGAGAUUCGACCAGUGGGUGGAGAGUGAUACCCCGGAAUGAAUGGAAGAUUAUGUUCCUCGGCCACCCGCUCAGCGAACGAGAUCGAUUCUUUUCCUCCCACAGUAAAACCCAUUACGUGAUAUACAUAUGGCAGCCCAACCGCAGCUUAUACACUGCAGAUGAGGACGCACCCAUCGAAUCACUCAUGGUAUGGGAUAUCUCGAAACCAUCUUCAUAUCGACCAUCUCUAGACCCGACAGGCUGCCUACGAGUCCCCGGUCAAGACACCGGCCCGGAACAAGUCACCCGCCUGGGUUUCAGAGAACUAGGCUUUCUCUCCGUGCGACAGCGCGGCCUUCCAGCUAUCCAACGGCUAGAAGUCACAGGCGACGCGCAAGCAAUCGAAAUCACCGAGAACAUCUGCACAGGACCAAUGGACAGACUCGUUGGCCCGGCGGAAUGGACGUCAGAAGUGCAAAUCACCAGUAUCCCCUUAAUUGGCGAAGGACCCUGUCUGAGACGAACAUUAACAGAUGUUAAAUUCCCUCCCUAUCGUGGGAGCAACGGCUUACAAACAAAACCACUUGCUUUUGCUGCUUGCGAUGAGCCUUGGUAUACGAUCGUCUCGGAGACGAUUGAUGAACAAGCUCAAUGUGAGAACUCCGUCUUCGGAUGUUACUUUGAAGCCUGGUGA